AGGCAAGCUGCUCCUGCCGUCCCUCGGUGAGGCGACGCCGAGGUCCGGCAGGAUUUUAUGAGCAUUCAGGUUGGAGCGGGCCUGGGGGGUCGCAUCUCGUCCCCCCCUGCUCCCAGCAGGACCAGCCCCAACCACAUCCCAGCCAGGGCUCGGUCUACCCCGGGCUGCAACGCCUCCAAGGAUGGAGCUUUCCUCCCUGGAAAGCCUGUUCCAGCGCUUCACCCCACACCCUCGUCCUCACGCUACACGACAGAGCGCCGACCCUCGCCCGGGAAAGCUGGGGCUGGGGGGUGCACCCAAGAGCCCCCUGGCCCUGCCCCCACUGCAGGGGACGGCAACCCCCCCCAGCCCGGACCAGUCUGAGCAGGGGGGAAACCCUUCCUGCCCCAGCGCAGCGCGCGGCGAGACCCUCCCGCCGGGAGCCCGCGGGUCAAACCCCGACACGUGGGGCGGGACAGCCCCCGCCCCGCCCCUUGACCCCCUGGCCGGGGUGGGCGGGGCCUUGGCCGCAGUGUAUCCGCCGCAGCCAAUGGGGAGCGAGGCCUGGGGAAGUCGGUGUCUCAACGUUCCAGGCCGGAUCGGAAGUGGAGCGCCGCCCCUCGUGCCCCAUGGCGCGGCACAGCCAGCUGCAGCGGGAGGUGCUGAGCCUGUACAAGCAGUGCCUGCGCGCGGCCCAGGGGAAGCCGGGCUUCGCGCCCCGCGUCCGCGAGGAGUUCCGGAGGAACGCCGCGCUGCCCGCCUCCGACGUCCUGCGCAUCGAGCACCUGCUGCGCCGCGGGCAGCGCCAGCUGGAGCAGCUUCGGGACGCCCUGGUGCUCGACCUCUGGCCUGCAGGCCACGUCCAGCCCACAGCACCGUUUGCCCACCCCACGGGAUAG